AUGCGAAAGUCGGCGCUCAACUUCCAUUGAAAGCUGCACUUCCCGUGGUUUAUUUUCCCGCCUGGGUGAAGCGGGCCAAGCCGUUUCAGCCCGGCUUGGCCGUUGCUGGUUGCCUCACUGUAGCAGCAGUCCGAAGAAUUUUUAGGGCAGGCAUUCGCCGCACCAGAUACCCGAACGCUGGAAUGGUCACCAUGGCCGGAUAUGCGGAAGGGCCGGCAGAGAUGGCUGAGCACAUCUCCCUGAAGGGCCUAGUGUCGCAAUGCGUGGAUCUGGCACAACGUGCUGGAGAGCUGAUACGAGCAGUCUCUGACAACAAAUCGGAAUGUGGCAUAGGUACGCAUGACAAGGGGCUGGGCACUGGCAACUUUGAUCCACAGACCCUUGCGGAUCGGCAAGCCCAGCGGUGUAUCGUGGAGAAUCUACGGGCCAUCUAUGGAAGUCAACUGCGUAUCGUGGGGGAAGAAGGUGAACUAGGUGUUGAGGCCGAUGGUGAAGAGAUCGUUAUCCGCAGGCCCUCAGAGACCUUGUUGGACCAGGAGUGGCCUGGAGACCUGCGCCUUCCCCUGGCGGAGCUCUGCGUUUGGGUGGACCCACUGGAUGGCACCAAAGAGUUCACCCAAGGUCGCUACGAAUAUGUGUCCACCCUGAUUGGGAUCAGCCAAAAUGGACAUCCCGUGGCUGGAGUGAUUUCUGAGCCAUACAGUUACUGGGCGACGCCAUGUCAAGGCCAGCCAGGCCCCGGCCGCCUUUUGUGGGGCUGCUGCCUUCGCGACUCCAAGGGCACCGUGCCGGGCGUCCACGUCUUGGGCGACCCCCACUGGCGGCGCCCCACGCGGCCGCCGGGGCGCUGUGUGGCGGUGAUCUCACGCUCCCGGGCCUCGGGCGAAGUGGGCGACGCCCUGCAGCGGCUGACGGAACCCGGGACGGCGCCGAAGGAAGGGACCGAAGGAGAAGACCUUUCAACACCUGUGGAACUUGGUGAUCUUCCCUUGAUCACAGGCACCCAGCAAGUCGGAGGUGCCGGACAUAAGGUCGCUCGAGUCGUAGAUGGUGCAGCUGAUUUGUGGCUCUUCCCGAGGGGUGGCACUUCUCGUUGGGAUAGCUGUGCAGCUGAAGCCAUGCUGGAAGCCUGUGGCGGCGCCUUGAGAAAUCGCUUUGGCCAGCGGAUUUUCUACGAUCCAGAUGGCACCAUGGAGAACUCCGAAGGAGUCCUGGCAGCUGCCAGUGUUGGCAUUCUCUCAGCUGCUGCCCAAGUCUGUGGCACCUUGGAUGUGGCCCGUGACCUUCAAGACCGCCCCCUGAGUCGCGAAUGGCUGGAAGGGGCCUUGCAGCUGCCUUCAGGGCACCUGAAAGCCUUCACUGUGACCAGCUGUCAGCGGAGCGGCCAAUGCUGCGACCUGCGCCUGGCACUGCGCUAUGCAGGGGCUCAGGAUGGGCUGCCCACCACUCUGAGCUUCAAACGAAGUUGGGAGAAAUCGAUGGAGCCCAGGAUUUUCGAGAAGUUCGGAGAUCGGCUGCUUCAAGGGGCUGGGGUCCGUUUGCCACGGGUCUUUUGCAACAUGAGUCGCGAGACUGAAGCUGAUGGUUCAUCAGCCACCUCUAUCCUUCUUAUGGAGGAUUUGUCAGCGGCGCCCUUCAGAAGAUGUACUAAUUCACUGGAUGAUUUGAAGCUAGCUACCACAGCCCUGGCGCAGUUUCAUGCCGCUACCAUGGGAGAGAAAGAUUUCCUUGCCGAGCUGUCCAAGGAGGGAUUUGUAGCCGAGAAUUUGACCCAAGCUGCGCUGGACUCCUGGCAAGAAAUCGUUAAGCUUGUGGCAGAAACACCAGAAGAAGCAGCCCGUUGGUCCAUCGAAAUCGCAGACCUCGUUUCUGGCCUUGCCAGCUGUGCCAAGGCGACAGCAACCCAGCCUGGUUCGGAGGCGUUGUGCUUGAUCCAUGGCGAUUUCAGGAGCGACCACGUCAUCAUUGAGGGAAAGGAGGUGAUAUUGAUGGCUUUCAGCCAUGCCAAAGUUGCCACCCCUGCCCUUGACCUGGCAUCUCUGGUGACUUCCUCCCAGUCUUUCGCAUCCCUCAACCAGCUGUUGGAUCUUUAUUGCCAGCUCCUCCCAGCGCAAUCCAUGGCCGAGCUCCGGCAGAGUGUCAGGCUGGCGUGCCUGCAGCUGGCACUGAAGCCAAUGGAGGUGAAGCCCCCGUUGGAUUCGCGGAAGCUGAGGCUCUGGGUCGACUUCUUAUGGACCCUGCUCAACGAAAUGGACGCGCGAUGAAAAAA